GCGAACACUGAAGUGGUUCGUGAAUUGGCACUGACUUGCCAGAAUUGUGCGAAUAAUCCACACAAGUAUAGAUGCCCCCGCUGUAAUUACAAAACAUGUUCCCUGACGUGUUGUCUCGAACAUAAACAGAAAUUUGGAUGCUCUGGUGUGCGAGAUGCAGUGGUACUAUGCAGUCGACAAGAAUACGGUGCUUUCGCGUUUCAGCAAGAUUACAAACUUUUGGAGGAGAUUGACAGGAACAAUGAAUUUCGGGAAAAGCAUUUGGCCAAGUUAUCCGUGAAGAACAAGUCGGAAAUCCGGAGGAGAAAGGACCUUAUGAAAUUCGCAUCCGAAAAUGGUAUUGCUCUUCGGUUAGCUUCUCCGCUCCUUUCGCGUUCAUCCACUAAUCGGAGCCGUGUGGUGACAGACGACAAGAAGCGAAAAAUCUCAUGGAGUGUCGAAUUCAGCUUUUUACCCAUCAAUCGUUCUCAAUAUACUACAUGCAAUGAUAACCUUGCUCGGCUAAAACCACUAAGGCUAGUCGUCCAUGACUGCGAUGAAUCAGCGCGCCUUGUCACAAUUUGGAAUGAAAAGAUAUUACAGUUGGAGAGCAGUGAACAAGAUGCUCUCGUAACUUACGCCCCUCCUGGAACCCCACCCUUCGGGUUGGUCACCUCGUGGCUUUACGCGAAAGUGAAAGGGCAGAACAUGGCCAAGCACUUUUUCUACGUCCAAGUAGAACAUUUCGAGGCAGGAAACUUGAACACUGAUGGCAAACUGGGUGUCAUACGGAAAUUUGUUCCUGUGGAGGUUUUUCUCACCAACAAGCUUUCCCACAUACUUAUUACUCCUCGGCUCAUUGUACACGAGAUGCCAACGCUUUGGGUGUCUCGGAAACCCUUGGGUUAAUUUAUGUUUUGUACCAUUUGCUCUGUAAAUAACGUCACACCUGUUUGUCGAUGCUUGACAGUUUGCAAAGUGCCUCAAGGAGUUUUCAGCCACCUUAUGAGUAGUGCACUACGUCUACACAAUUUAUUGCGAUACUUGCGAUACAGCUGAAACGUGAAGCUGCCUGGUACAGCACAUUUAGUUGAAGAACAAUAUAAACG